GAAAUAACUUCUAGUGUGUAUAUAAAUCACCCAGUUUCCAUGGAGCAGUACCUGAUGGAAGGCAGUUUCCACAAGGUUUUCUUAUCUAAAGGUAACGUGCCAUCAAAGAGAUAUGAUUUCUUCAUUGAUAUCCUCUUGAAUACAACCAGGUUAGAUGUUUAUACUCAUACAUACGUUCACUAGAGAUGAGGUUGCGUCUUGUGUAGAAGCUGCCUAUGAAAGUUUGUCACUGAAGGAUGCUACUCCCAUAUUAUUCUUUGAUUCUGAGGAGGGGACUAAGGCUUUUGGAGAAAAGCGGGGAUGGAAACUUGAAGCUGGCAUCUUUCACUUCCCUAAAAAUACCAAACAAACAGACGAAGGCAUCCCAUCAGCUGACGUAACAAAGGUUAUGCUGGAAUACACAAGAGAGCUAGAUCAAAUAAUUUAGAAUCAGUUUACCAACUUUGGGUCUCAAUAGUUGUACCUAAAAUUUUCGAAAAUAAAGCAUCCUGUAUUCUACAUUUAUUUUUGUAUUAGUAGUCCUUUGAGUCUUCCAAUGAAGUCAGUCUGUGGCCACGAAAUAGUUGCCUUCAGCUACUUUUUGAACAAGAAUCUCAUUAAUCUUUGCCUACGGAUUAUUGUGUACUCUGUGCUCACUCUAACAGAAUUUCAGUGUUAUUUGAGUAAGUAUUUGUUGGUUUGCAUUGCUUCAUUUAUUCGCUUCACCUGCCCUAAAAAUAAUUAACAAUCUUAAGAUUUACUGUUCAUGAAUAGUGCAUCUGCUACUUCCGCCUUGAUGAAUUCGGCUUACUGAGUGAAAAUCCAAGAAACUGUAACAUUAAAAACAGGAUCGAAAAAGAAUCUUAUUACCGGGUUACUGUUCUAUUGUUAGAUAUUGAUCUUCCAAUUUACCUAAUUGUUCGUUUACGUAGUGGUUUUAAUAUUAUUUACCAUUUCCUUUCAUUCCCACCAUGUGCUGUUGAUCGCAUGUGUUAAUAACAUCUGGUUGUCGGAUUAUCAACUUGUAUCCCACUCCUAUGCCCUCUGAGUUGAGAUGAUUUUUGGAGUGUUUUAUGAAUUUGCACAAUAAAUUUAUUGUUAAACUGUUAACAGGUGAACAAAUAUUAUUUUAUUAAAAUGCAAAUUUAGAACAUCAUGGGCACCGAAAAAUGCGCUACACAAAAUUUCAUGGUUUGUGCGAGGACUGGAAUACUGUCCGGAUAUCCAGACUGAAGUGGAUGUUAAGGGGCCGCCCCGAGCUCUUGACUUGAAGUCUCGUACACAAGGUUGUAGAACAGCGUCGGGGGCUGCAUUCCGGGGGCAAAAACAGAUUCAUACGCUAUUUGAUGCGUUCAGAUUCUAGUGCCGAUGUGUACCAUAGUUUUGGAGUAAUUCUUUUCCAGCUUCCCUAGGUAGACAUGGAGCUCACUUUAUCUUGCCAAUAUAUUCCUUCCUGCUUCGUUUUGAUCAGUCAAGAAAACAGGGUUUGGUAUUUCCCCAUUUCUCGAAAGGUUUUAUAGUUACUCAGUCAAAAGGUCAGACUCUGCCUUGGCUAGAAAGCUUUGGGUAUUCGAUAAUCUUAUCAGUCUAUAGGACUCGUGGGACAUUUCAAAACAUACUGAUCCACAUGUGGUUGCUGCUUUUAAACUACCAGCUGCUCGACAGGCUAUUUUGACUUGCAUACCGGAAUAUUAAAGCAUAACUCGCACUGAAAUUUACUUUCAUCGGGGUUAGUAGGCUGUUUACUGAGUUGAAAGGACCAUUAAACCCACAGUUUGUUUCGCAACAUAUAGUUUAGUGUUUACUCAAUGUUACACUUUUUCGCUAUGCAUUUACUUUCACUGGAAGGCUGGUAGAUAAAGGGAUUGAACAGAUUUUCUACGUGCAAAGUUCGAUGUUAUGCUGAUGAAUCGCUAAUGCCAUACAUAAAUGUCGAGAAAUAAGAUCCUUUUACCAUUUAGCCUUACCUUACAGAUGAAUUGGAAAGAGGAUUCCGGUGGAACUGCAUGGAUUGAAUUCACCGGGCCGGGACUAUCCACCAAUAGUGCCUUACUUUUCUGGGUUGCUUUCGUAGACAUGAGAUUUUUCUGCGAAUUGGUUUUGUACUUUAUGAGUCUUGCUGCGUCUAAGUGGACUACAUUUCCAGAUGACCUUUUGAAGUGACAAUAUUAUAAGCAACCACCUUUUGGCAGCAGCGGGUAGGACGGAAUUUAAAGGGAGCACAAAGUAAAUUUUUGUGUCGUGAUAGAACCGUGUUUCUCAAGUAUUUAAUUGUUUCAAGAAUCAUGAAUUCUGUAUUAUAUAAUACCCAACCAACCCUGACAGUGACUUUAAAAUCACCUGUCGGAUUAAUGCUAACUUGCUGCGUUUUCUCCUUUCCAAACUUCUAAAGGCGACGGAGGGCUUCGUCAUCUAUGAAGUUAAGCUAGGCCAUCGUACACAAAAAAAGUAUAUAUAAUCCUUACUAUUACUUUGGCCUUAGAGUAGGAAGAAUGGAUAAGAUAUUGUGUUUUAUGUCCUUUGUGCCUUCCCCUUGUUAUUGCUGUUGUUAUUGUUAGUAUUUUCAUUUCCAACGGAUUCUACCAUUAUAUCACUUUUCCCAUUUAUUAUUCUAAUUCGGUAUAUUUUUUACAAUGUGAAACUCUAUCUUAUCAAAAUUCUCACUCUGUUGUGUAGUAUUUUAAUUUGCCUGCUAAUCCCUCUUAUCUUACAUCCUUCCCUAAUAUGUGUGAAAUAUUUUAUAUAUUACGUAACCUGCUUUACAACUUGGUACUGAACUAUGACUAUAAUGAAAAAUAUUUUGUCGUAUUCCAUAUUAUUAUUAUUACUCAAGUACUCACAUUUUUGUUUGAAAUUCCUCAAGGGAUAUAGUGUCUAAAAACUUAUAUAUAUAUAUAUAUAUAU